AGGCCUGAGACGGCGGCGGCGGCGGCGGCAUGGCGGGCCCUGAGGAGGCAAGCGAGGCGGCGUUGGGAGCCUGCCUGGAGGCGGUGCUGAGCAGCCGGAGCAACGCCAACCGAGUCUUCGAGAUCCUGGAGCUGCUGCAGGCUGGCGAGAACGAAAUUGUUCUGGGUGCUAUACGGACUUGUAGCCGUCUCUUUGGAGCCUUGCUUGAGCGGGGAGAACUGUUUGUGGGGAAACUACCUUCAGAAGAAGAAUCUCAGCAAGAGAGCUACAGUGCUGAGGACAAGUACAAAAUUUGGAUGAGACAUAGAUACAGUAGUUGCUGCAAUUGCCUGGCACAACUGAUGGGACACAAAUCUUUCCAAAUCAAAGAAUUUGCACUCUGUACACUGAUGAAAUUUGUAGAACUGGAAGCCAAAAGACCACUAAUCAAGAAUGAAUGGAGUUUUAAUUUCCCACGGGACCUUUUAAAAUUGGUAGUGGAGGGCUUAAUCCCAAUAGAAGAGGAUUCAUCUCUAUUGGUUUCUCGCUUCCAAGAAUACUUGGACCAUGAUGAUGUCCGGUUCUUUGUUAUGAAGAUGGUGGCUGAAAACGUUGGCAGUGUGAUGCAGAAAGCCAAAAAGGCUCCGCUUCCAGUCUACCAGAGGAACGUCUUUGCCCUUAUAUCAUCCAUCAGCAUGCCAAGUAAAGACAGCGACAUAAAAAACUUCCUUAUGAAGCACACUAACCAGGAGGAAUGGAAAGUAUCCAAGCUGAAGGAACACAGGUUGGCCUUUGAGAGGAUGUGGCUCGGAUUUCUCAAGCACAAGCUACCUGGUAACAUUUACAAAAAAGUAUUGGUAAUACUUCAUGAGUCCAUCCUACCUCAUAUGAAUGAGCCUAUCCUUCUGAUAGACUUCCUCACAGUUGCCUACAACAUAGGUGGAGCCAUCAGCCUCCUUGCCUUGAAUGGAUUAUUUGUCCUGAUUCUCCACCAUAACCUGGAAUAUCCUGAUUUUUACAAGAAGCUCUACAGUCUUCUUGAUCCAUAUGUUUUCUAUGUGAAGUACCGCACUAGGUUUUUCCGUUUAUUGGAUUUAUUCUUGUCUUCAUCGUAUUUGCCAGCAUAUCUGGUGGCAGCCUUUGCCAAGCGGCUUGCUCGACUAGCACUCACUGCCCCACCUGAUGGUUUGCUGAUUGUUAUCCCAUUCAUCUGUAACCUCUUGCGGCGACACCCAUCUUGCAAGGUGCUCAUCCAUAGGCUUGACAGCCCUGCAGAGAUGUUAGAAGACCCCUAUGUGAUGGAUGAAGAAGAGCCUUCAGAAAGCAGAGCAUUGGAGAGUUCCCUCUGGGAGAUAAAAACUCUACAAAACCAUUAUCAUCCUGAUGUGGCCAAAGCAGCCACCAUAAUUAAUACAUCACUGUCUGAACUGGAGGAUGAAUUAUCAGAGGUCUUGGAACUGACUACAUUUGAGAUGUUUGACAGAGAUAUAAAUAAAAAAACAACAGAUGUCCCAUUGGAAUUUCAGCAAGUACAAGGACUGUUUGGCAAGGAACAGGAUAUCUUUGCACAAUAUUUUACAUUGGAAUGAUUUUUAAAUAACUUGGUAAAAGCUUGUGUAAUAAAACGUAUUACUCGUUUUAAA